UCUGCAGCCCUGGAUUUACUAACAAAACAGCUGAUUGGACGCCUCGAAAAGAAACAGUGGAAAUCUUAAUAUAGUGUUUAAAAAUGCAUUUAAUUGUUAUUAUUAAAUAGUACAAAGUAAAAAAAGUUAAUGCGUCGCCUGUUCACAUUGGCCAACAUCCAAAUAAUGUCGAAGAACAAAGGAAAAGCCAAGGCAACUGGCGAGGCAACAAAAUCAACUCCGGCCAAAGAGGAAGCCGGUCCGAUUACAGUGGACAAAACAGGCAAUAUAUGCAUACAAAUUCUGGCCAAGCCGGGUGCCAAGCAGAAUGGAAUCACAGGAAUCGGAUUGGAGGGCGUGGGUGUUCAAAUAGCCGCUCCGCCCAGCGAAGGUGAGGCCAACGCAGAGCUGGUCAAGUUCCUCUCGAAAGUACUUGGCCUGCGAAAGAGCGACGUGUCGUUAGACAAGGGAUCUCGGUCUCGGAACAAGAUAAUACUCAUCAGCAAAGGAGCCAGCACCGUGGAGGCCAUUGAGGAGUUGUUAAGAAAGGAAUCGGAAUCAUAGAUAAUAGAUUUA